UCUCUGGCUCUCCCUCCCCCUCACCCUCUCUCUACCUCUCACUCUGCCUUUCAUACAUACGCCAGAGCGCAGACUGCAGCAGAACGCAGGGCCGGUAGGACUUUCCCCCGUGUACCGGAACAGCCGAGAAACCACGGAGAGAGUUACCUAGGAGGACGGGGACAUAAUUCAGGAGCAAACUGCCGAUGAGCACCUGACCUGCAAGCUGCUGGUGCGUAGGUUUUUGCAUCUGGCUCUCGGAAGCAGUUGUGUGGACUCCUAGACGCACCCUUCCCUCCCUUUGGGACUACCCCGCUCGCUCCGUACCCGCCUCCCCCCCCACCCCAAUCCUCAUUAAAGGAUAGGAUGCCCGGCUGUGUGCCCCGGUGCUGAUGCAGCGUCGGCGGGCAGCAGUUAUGGGCGCUGUGCUGGCCGGCAUCCCCACCACCCCCUCCACCACUACCACCACCAAUCUGCCACCACCACGCUGCCCCAACAAGACGGGCGCUCCCCCCAGCCCCGCUGAUGGGCGAAGACACUGACGCCACCCCAACGCUCAACCACCGCGGCUUCCUCCCCGACCACAACUAUGUGACUGAAGACACUCACUUCCCGCUGGAGUAGCGUUGAGUUCAAGGAUGGACGGGGAAAUGCGGGAAACAAAGUCUAUAUUUUGCCAUUUUUGAGAGUUUUGGCUGCUCCUGGCUAUAGCCUGAAGAGCUCCGCCCAUCCUGUCCACCCCUCUCCACCCUGGAGUCCUCCCCCAGGAUGUUGAGCCCCAUCCAGGUCCUGUGCUCCGACAUCACUACCCUUUCUCUGGAGCCUGAGCCGUUUGCCUCUUACACUGAAGCUGAUAUCAUCUCAACUGUUGAGUUCAACCACACAGGAGAGCUCCUGGCCACAGGGGACAAAGGAGGCCGUGUGGUCAUCUUUCAGCGGGAACCGGAGAGCAAGACCGAGCCAUUCUCCCAGGGAGAGUACAACGUCUACAGCACCUUUCAGAGCCAUGAGCCCGAAUUCGACUACCUUAAGAGUCUGGAGAUUGAGGAGAAGAUCAAUAAGAUCCGAUGGCUGCCUCAGCAGAACGCGGCGCACUUCCUCCUUUCCACCAAUGAUAAGACCAUUAAGUUGUGGAAGGUGAGUGAAAGAGACAAACGGCCAGAGGGAUACAACCUCAAGGAUGAGGAGGGUCGCAUCAAGGACAUCUCCACAGUCACCUCCCUACAGGUGCCGGUGUUAAAGCCCAUGGACCUGAUGGUGGAGGUGAGCCCUCGGAGAGUGUUUGCCAAUGCCCACACCUACCACGUCAACUCCAUCUCCGUCAACUCUGACUACGAGACCUACAUGUCAGCUGAUGACCUGAGGAUCAACCUCUGGCAUCUGGACAUCACCGACCGCAGCUUCAACAUCGUGGAUAUCAAGCCAGCCAACAUGGAGGAUCUGACAGAGGUGAUCACAGCGGCUGAGUUUCACCCCCACCACUGUAACCUGUUUGUGUACAGCAGCAGCAAAGGCACCCUGCGUCUUUGUGACAUGAGAGAGGCAGCACUGUGCGACAAGCACUCCAAAUUAUUCGAGGAGCCAGAGGACCCCAGCGCCCGCUCCUUCUUCUCCGAGAUCAUCUCCUCUGUGUCAGAUGUCAAGUUCAGCCACAGCGGUCGCUACUUGCUCACCAGAGACUACCUGACUGCCAAAGUCUGGGACCUCAACAUGGAGAGCAAACCCCUGGAGACAUACCAGGUUCAUGAUUACCUCCGCAGCAAGUUGUGUUCCCUUUACGAGAACGACUGCAUCUUCGACAAGUUUGAGUGUGCCUGGAACGGCUCGGACAGUGUGAUCAUGACCGGAGCCUACAACAACUUCUUCCGCAUGUUCGACCGCAACACCAAGCGCGACGUGACCCUGGAGGCGUCCAGAGAGAGCAGCAAACCCAGGGCCGUCCUGAAGCCGCGGAGGGUCUGCGCCGCCGGAGGGAAGCGCCGGAAGGACGACAUCAGCGUGGACAGCCUGGACUUCACCAAGAAGAUCCUCCACACGGCCUGGCACCCGACCGAGAACAUCAUCGCCAUCGCCGCCACCAACAACCUGUACAUCUUCCAGGACAAACUCAACUCUGAGAUGCAUUAAUGAACGGAUGUCAACAGUGGAUACAAAGUUUACACACCUGCACACGCAACUAUGCCAGAAUGUACACAUCGUCAGACACGCGUAUUCUGUCACGUACCCGGGAAGAUGCCUGAAACACAUCCCUCCACACACACACACACACACACACACUCAUGUAGGUCUACAGUUUCACUGCUUCAAUCCUCCUCAGCCUCCCAGAACUGAAAGGACCUGGACAGGGCUAGAAAGGGAACGGGCUGGAUUACGAAAUGGAUUAUGGAUUUCAAAAUUGUCCGAAGAGUGGAUUUGUUGAUUGUUAGCGUCUGGAUUGUUCUUGAUGGUGUGUUGAUUGCUACAGCUCAGCCCCUGGGAAAGGGUUGAUCCCCUCCCAGACUGGAGAGACGUUUACAUGUGUGUGUUCUUUUUCUUUUUUUUUUAUUAUUAUUCCUUCACUCCUCCUCCUCCUCCUCCUCUCUUUAUUUGUGUGCCGGAGCAAAGCCUAUUCUUAUCCCAUGCCCACUGUUUUGUGUAACAAUGACCCUUUGUGGUUGUCGACCAGCAGCACUGAUGAGAAAUGGGGCAUUUAUAUAACGGGCUGGUGGUUUGAUUUCAGAUCAGCCGUCCCUCUUCGGUUUUUGUAACUUCUUGUUAAAUGAUGUUGAUGACGGUAAUUAUGAUGAUGAUGAUGACGUAAAUUGAAAUGUGUGAUGUAUAAGGGUGAACUCGGGACCUCCUCAUAACUUAAAGGUUACUGGUUCAGGAGAGGUGACCGACAACUUGGGCUGCGUUCAGUGAAACAUUUACGGUCCGGCAGAUAGAAGUCAACAGAAUCAGUCACCACGGCCUAAUAAUGAGGACACACACUCAUAUCUGUAUAUCCACACGGUGUGUUUCAGUAAUCAGUGUUUUCUUUGCUGAAACCGGCCUCAAGUCCUCUGAUUGUGGUUUCCGCUUCUGGUCUGGGGCUGUGUUGUGUUUCGACGAUAAAUACUCGGAUCAAGCAAAAAAAAAAUAAAAAUAAAAUAAAAUAAAAAUAAUAAUAAUUUCAACAAUCAAGCAAAAAGAUGCUGCAUGUCAAACAGAUUUAGCCUAGGUGUUUAUAAAUUGACUGACUGACUGACUUGGCUGCCUUCUUAACCAUUUAGACCCAGCUGUACAAAGGCUUCAGGGGCCGCGGGGCUCCUCGCAGCACGAGUAACCGUAGAUGGCCGAGCUCUCCUACCUUUAUUUGUGUCUUCGGGCACUGAAGCAUGUUUACCAGUGUUCGGUUCAUACACUUAACACGUACAUUUUGAAUGAAGCCGUUCCACGAUUCAGUUUUCGACUGCGACGCUGAAACUGAGAACCAACAAGAAUGGGGAAUGUUUCUAAUUAAUGUUGUACUCUAAAAGAAGAAGAAGAAAAAAAAAAAACUAAGGGCCUAAAUGGUGUCUGUAUAUAUCAGCUCUGUUUUUGACAUGUUUGAGUUUUUCUUUUUUAAAAAACAGACUUGAUCGUCUGUAUCGAUGAUUGCCUCCAAAGCUACAGCAGAGAGACGGUUCCUUGAUCUCUUCGGCCUUCCUCACCGAUUACUUUGCAGAUGCGCAGAAGCUUUUAUUUUUUAGAAAAAAACAGCCUAUUCUUUUAUCUGUCCCUUUUUUUUUUCUUUUAGUUUGGAAACAUCUGUCAGUACUACUCCACUAACUAACGUUGAUUCACAUACCUUUGUCUUCAUGUGCGUUCGAUUGACGAAAUUGUCAAAUGGACAGUUAUAAAUAAUGUUAAUAUGUUUUUUUUCUGAAUAAAGAUUUCAACGAAAUUGCA